AUGUUCGCGCACGUCCACGCAGCGCGCCCGCAGGUCGCCGUCCGGCCCCUGCACCGCCGCGCGGCCCCCGCGCAGGCUCUGGGCCGCCCAGCCACCCGCACCCGCCGCGUGCCGUCGCCCCUGCGCGCCGAGCCGCCGAAAAACGACACCGACACCUCCAGCACCAGCUCUGAGCAGGAUGCGAGGAUCAAGGAGAUUUCGGACCAAAUGAGGAGCCAGGGGGUGGACCGAGCGCGUGCGAGGGAGCUCCUCGCGAUGUGGGAGAAGCAGGCCGACUCCGGGUCCCCCGAGGACAUCAAGAAGGUCCUGGCGAAAGGAGCGCUCGCCCCCGUCGUCGCGUUCUCCACACAGCUCGUCAUCGACGCCGUGGUGGCCGUGGCGUCGUUCAACGCGGCGGUCAUGCUCGGGCAGAGUGACGACUUCUUCGGCAAGUGGCUUCUCGGGGGACUCGCGUACGGCGCGAGCUUCUACUACGGCGCCGAGGCGCUCCUGAGCCUCUUCCUGCUCAUCUCCACCGGCAUCUCGACCUACUACUUCUCCACCAACGCAGACGCGUACGUCAAGGCCGUGCAGUCCCUCGCUGGCGGCGAGACCGGCCUGGGCGUCGUCGACCGCGCCAAGAAGGCCGCGAGUGCUGCCAAGGUGGUGCGCAUGCUCAACCAGAUGUCCGCGGCGCUGCGGGCGGACUCGGAGAACGCCAAGGCCGAGGCCGCGCAGGGCGCCAAGCGCACGCUGUCGAACCUGUCGUCCUACCUGCUCCUCGCGGACGCACAGACCAAGCUCGGGUUCCGCGCGGAGGACUACGGCCUCACGCAGGCCGACGCCGAGAGCAUCGCGCGCGUGUUCGUGCGGUACGACAAGAACAGCGACCUGCGGCUCGAGGUGGCGGAGCUCGCGGUGCUGGCCAAGGAGCUCGGGCACGACAUGGGGCGCGAGGAGACGGAGACCGCCAUCCGCGUGCUCGACAAGAACAAGAACGGGUACGUGGAGUUCGACGAGUUCGUGCAGUGGUGGACGAAGGAGGUGUCGCCCACGGGGAGCAUGCUGGCGUCGAUCGACGAGGCGGAGGCCGCGGGGGUGUCUGCGGGCAACACGGGGUGA